AUGUUUGAUGACGUUCACGUUUAAAACCUAAUUAGGUCAUAUAGCAUCUUAUAAAAGGCAGAAGUUGAAAAAAAAAGGCAAGGUUUAAUCUCCUGGCUGGAAUAAUUAGAAAGGCAGGAUUUACAGGUAACUUGUAGCGACACAGGCUUUUCUUCCUCUACCUGCUUCCGUCAUGUUGUCGCGCGUCACGAGGGUGAAGAGUCUGUCAGGAGAAACAGCGCGAAAGUUUGCGUCGGCGGAACAAUAACGCUUUGGAAAACAAGGGUGUUUUUAUCUUCCCACGUUUAAACAAUAUGAAGGAACCGAGCUAUGCCUCGGUGAACGUAUGUAAGACGUAAACGUUACCAGGGCGGUGAAUUGUGCUUUGUGACAAUGCUGGAAGUACGAGAAUUCUCGUAAAGGCCUGUCAGCCAUGGACAGUCCGUGUUCUGUGAACCGGCGGCAGGCAUGGGCUCAGUGUAGCCGUCAGUGGCUCACAGUGGAAGAUACAGAGCCGAAUGCAUCUGCAUCCGGCAACGUAAAUACAACUCCAGCUACACGGCUUUCUCUACAAGAUGAAGUCUUUCCUGAUGGAUGCUCUACAGGAAAGAUUGAAACCUGGCUCCAAAGCUGUGGAAAUGAAUCCAGUCAAGAGAACCCAAGCCAACUCACUGUUGAAACUUUAUUGAAGACUGCUAACAGUUUUGAGGAUGAUUUGAGCCUCGGGGCUGAAGCUGUAGGAUUACAUGUCGGAUUGCAUGAUGACGAGUUUGGGCACUGUCCAUUGCUCCUGCCCCCUCCUAAAUCACGCCGCAAAGAUUUGCACACAAGCAGCACUCCUCAGCAAAGGCUUAAUCUGCCAUUCAGAAACUUGGGCCACAGUAUGGCAUCUAGCAUCUUCUCAUCCACCAGUAAGACUGCUUCAAGUGUUUCUGAGGUCCUGCAGAUGUGUGCUGAGGAUGCAGAGGAGACAUUGUACCACUUAGGCUUUGGUUCCGAGGAGCCACAAGUAACAGCCCGUAUACCAGCUCGUUUCUUCACUUUCCCUUCACAGCUCAGAGGCAUCAACUUCCGCCUGUUUCUUGAGUCACAGCUCCGGCGCAUUCGUGAAGAGGACCCCAGUCUCUCACUUGCUAGUCGUUUCCGUCAAGUGGAGGUAUUAACAGCCAUGGCCAAUGCUUUCUAUUCUCUCUACUCCCAUGUAUCACGAACACCACUUCAGAAGCUGGCACCCCCUGAAUUCAGCUUUUCUUCACCCACUGUGGAGCGAAGCAUUGGUCAGCGCUUCUUUGGCAAUGUCCGCACUGAACCACGCUCUCCUGUGGAGCGUCUAAAAGACACUGUGUCCAAGAUGUGCUUAUACACACGUGGCUCAGACUCUACCUCUCCAAACUGUUCUCCUCGCAAGAGGAACAGCCUGCCUGAUGUGGUUGAAGUAGUAAUGGGGAAUGUGAGGGGUGAAGACCAGAGUAAGGAGAUGUCGAUAAAAGAAGGCAACAUAACUCAGAAGGAGAAAGUUGAAAAGCCUUUACAGCAUGCUGAAAAAAUGAAAGACCCUGAGAAAACUACUAGUGCACAUAAGCAAAGGAUCCAGCGGUGGUCACAGUCAGGACAGAGAGAAGGUCUUAGAGCAAAGGGCUCCCUGUUUAAUUCAGACUGUGCAUCUUUGGAAUUGAAGCAAACUCAGAUGUCUAAGGAUACAGACAUGGAUGAAGAUUCCUCCAAUUCUACUUUGCUUCCUGAUUCCUCAGAAGAUCCUGCUGAAACGAAUACACCAGCUCUCAUUAUUACUUUUGAUAUAGUUUCCCCUCAUGUAGUGGAGCAUGUGCAUAAAGCACCUUAUGGGUGUCCAGAGAUGCAUAGUGUAUCUACACCAGGCGUAUCGCCCUCUGGUUCUAUGCACAGGCCAGACUCAUAUCCUAGGACAUUAGAACACAAGCCAAGCAUCACAGAUAUAAAAUCAUCUCCAGUACAGAACAAGGAUGAGCUUAUGGUGGAAGUUACUUCAAAGAUUUCUCAAGGUGAUCCGGUGUCCCUCCAGACCAGCGUAACACAAGGGUCACCAUGUCAGAUCAAGGUUACUGGAUGGGAGGACGAUGACUCUAUUCUCCACAGAGACUCAUUUGAGGAUUAUACACAUUUCAUGUACCCUUGUACCACUGCACACGUGCAUUCAUCCCAAUCAGACCAGCAGAGGUUCCUGAGCCCCAGCAACCCCUCAACUAACCAGAUCUGCCACCUCAAGCAGGCCAACUCCUUUGAGUUGGAGGAGUUGAGUUUGGGGGAAGAGGAGAACAUAUCAGUGGAGCAAAGCAGUGCACGCACACUGUCUGUUACAGCAUCUACGCAUCAGAAAGGUUCAGCCAUGAGAGGGGACAGUUUCCAGUCAGACAGCAGUGGAUAUGCUGAAGAGGACAUGCAGAAUGUACUGACCUCCACUAAUAAAGAGAUUAGCUGAAGACCAAAACCCACACAUCCUUAACGAUCUGUUUUAAGGUGUUUCUCAGUAGUAAAAAAAAACAACUUGUAUUUCCGUUGAAAAGAUAUUACAACUGCAGCAGAAGACGGAGAUAACAUUUGCCCAUUCAAAUGUACUGCAGUUAAGCAGUACUGAUAUUAAAUAUUUGUUAGUGUUUUUCUCUUUGUAUGAUUGUGCAGCUGCAGAUGUUUUGAAUAUUUAUUUUAUGGUAAAGUAUUUAUUUGCACAUAAAUGCUAAUAUAAUUUGA